AUGGGUGGCGGUGGGGAUGGUGGAGGUGGUGGGGAUGGAGUUGGUGGAGAUGGAACUGGUGGGGGUGGGGGUGAUGGAGGUGGUGAGGAUGGAGGUGGUGGAGAUGGAACUGGUGGCGGUGGGGGUGAUGGAGGUGGCGGGGAUGGAAUGGGUGGCGGUGGGGAUGGUGGAGGUGGUGGGGAUGGAGUUGGUGGAGAUGGAACUGGUGGGGGUGGGGGUGAUGGAGGUGGUGAGGAUGGAGGUGGUGGAGAUGGAACUGGUGGCGGUGGGGGUGAUGGAGGUGGCGGGGAUGGAAUGGGUGGCGGUGGGGAUGGUGGAGGUGGUGGGGAUGGAGUUGGUGGAGAUGGAACUGGUGGGGGUGGGGGUGAUGGAGGUGGUGAGGAUGGAGGUGGUGGAGAUGGAACUGGUGGCGGUGGGGGUGAUGGAGGUGGCGGGGAUGGAAUGGGUGGCGGUGGGGAUGGUGGAGGUGGUGGGGAUGGAGUUGGUGGAGAUGGAACUGGUGGGGGUGGGGGUGAUGGAGGUGGUGAGGAUGGAGGUGGUGGAGAUGGAACUGGUGGCGGUGGGGGUGAUGGAGGUGGCGGGGAUGGAAUGGGUGGCGGUGGGGAUGGUGGAGGUGGUGGGGAUGGAGUUGGUGGAGAUGGAACUGGUGGGGGUGGGGGUGAUGGAGGUGGUGAGGAUGGAGGUGGUGGAGAUGGAACUGGUGGCGGUGGGGGUGAUGGAGGUGGCGGGGAUAGAACAGGUGGUGGUGGAGAUGAUGGAGGUGGGGGUGAUGGAGGGGGCGGGGAUAUAAUAGGUGGCGGUGGGGAUGAUGGAGGUGGGGGUGAUGGAGGUGGGGGGGAUGGAUUUGGAGGUGGGGGUGAUGGGACAGGUGGCGGUGGGGAUGAUGGUGGUGGGAGUGAUGGAGGUGGUGGCGAUGGAACAGGUGGCGGUUGGGAUGACAGAG